CUAUUAUAUGUAAGGUAUAUAAAGACAUCAAAUUGUUGAGAGAUCUCGUUCCGGAUUAAGGACAGGUAACCUGCGCCUGGAGAACCUUGAACUAUCACCGAUGUUUAUUAGACCGCCUGGGCUGUAAGAAAAUGUGCAACAUUAUUCACAGCAAAAAAGAAAUUACAUAAUUAAUCGUAGAGAUUCUUAAAACUUUCUAACCGACGAUAUAAUCAAAAUGAGUUUGAAACACUUGGCUGCCGGAUCAGUUGCCCCGCCCAUUGUAUCUGGAAAAAUACGUUUGUAUAGCAUGCGAUUUUGUCCGUAUGCCCAAAGAAUUCAUUUAGUACUUGACGCGAAACAUAUACCACAUGAUGUUGUUUAUAUUAAUUUGACAAAUAAACCUGAAUGGUUACUAGAAAAAAGUCCUUUGGGCAAAGUUCCUUGUAUAGAAUUGGAAGGAGGAGAAACAUUAUAUGAAAGCCUUGUGAUUGCUGAAUAUUUGGAUGAUGCAUAUCCACAAAACAAACUUUAUCCUAGUAAUCCCCUUGCUAGAGCUAAGGAUAAGUUGUUAAUUGGUAGAUUUAACUCUGUUAUAAAUACUUUGUAUAAGUUAUACGUCAGUACAUCUAUAGACAGAGACAUAUUUGAUGAAGUCUUAUCAGAAUUGGGUCUUUUUGAAAGAGAACUUGCAUCAAAAGGAACACCAUUCUUUCAUGGUAGUUCUCCUGGUAUGUUAGAUUUUAUGAUAUGGCCAUGGUGGGAGAGAUCUGAUGUAAUUAGAGUUUUACGUGGAGAUCAGUUUACUAUACCACGUGAUAGAUUCAAAAGACUGUUGGAAUGGAGAUCUGCCAUGAAGGAGAAUCCUGCUGUUCGAGCUAGUUACUUAGAUACCGAAGUACAUGCUAAGUACAUGCGGAGUCGUCGUGCUGGAACGCCACAGUACGAUUUAGUUACUGCUUAAGUUAAUAACUUCUAAUUUGUAUCUUCAAAUAUAUGUUUAUAAAUAAUAUAAUAUAUUUAGAAAUGAAACAUUA